AUGAAAAAUUUUAAAUUUAUAAAAAAAAGAAAAAAUCCCCAAUUAUUUUUAAUAAGCAUUUCAAUGAAUAAAGUAAGUCAAUCUCUUAGUUUGUAUUACCGUUUGUUGUUAAUAAUUUUAUUUUUAUUUUUUACAUUGAAACAAACUAACGUUGUUGUAGAAAAGUUUUUUCCAAGUAAAUUGUUCUAUCAAUGGGUUACUAGAAAUGGAAAAUAUAGUCAAACAAGAGAACUUGCUGCCUUUAAAACUAACUCAUUUUUUAAUCGAUAUUUACACUUUAAUUCUUCAUAUGACUUAUCAAAUUACUUAAGUCGUUACGUUCCAGAAAGAAUUGAAAUUGGACCAAUAUUUGAUCAUUUAUUAUUUAGUCAGACUAACACAGCAACAAUGAGAGAGUUUGUUAUUGAUAUUGAUAUAGAUGAUUAUGAUGAUGUUCGAUAUUGCUGUUCUUCAACCCAAGUAUGUAAAAGGUGUUGGAUAUUAAUAUCAUGUGCUGCAAAAGUCAUUCACCACAUUUUCCAGGAACAAUUUGGAAUGAAACAUAUUCUUAAUGUUUUUAGUGGAAGAAGAGGAAUACAUUUCUGGAUUUGUGAUGAACAAGCAUUACAUUUCAAUGAGCAAAUGAGAACAUACAUUACAAAAUAUUUCAGUCUAGUUACUAAUCAAUGCAUUAAUAAAGAUAACCAUCCAAUCAUUGAUAUUCAUGAAGAAUAUCCUUUAUACAAUGAAGUUUAUCAAAUAUUAGAACCAUAUUUUGAAGAUUAUUGUGAAAAACAAGAAAUCUUCAAAAAUGAACAAAGAAAAGAACAGUUAUUGAAUUUAUUACCUCAAAAUGAAACUAGUCAAGUUAUUAGAAAGUUCAAUAAUCUCAGUUGGACUUUAUUGAAAGAACAUUUCGUUUGA